AUGGAGACCUCUGGAGGAGGCAGCAUCCCCAGCGGCAGAGCCGUGCCCCGGCCUCUGGCGCAGCUGCAGAAGCUUGAGACACCGGUGGCCCGCAGACGCCUGUCCCAGGCCCGCCACCGGGCCACCAUGGCAGGGCUCUUCAGCAACCUCAGGAAAACCGUUUACUCCCAGUCUGACGUCACAGCCUCAAAGGUAUGGGGAUCUGAGUGUGGGGAGAAGUUUCCACACAUAGAGCGACUGAGGAGCGAGGUGGGGACUGGCCCGGAGCUCCCCCCACGCCUCCCGACGGCUGUGGCCUGGGUGGGGUCAGCGAUCAGCUGCGGACACCUCAUGGUGCCACGUCUGCUGCUGCACGAGGGGAAAGACCUGAUCUCAAAUAAGUUUCAUCAGAAAUGCUCUGUCACCUGGUACCCAAUUGAGGCAGUUGGGAAGGAUGCUGAGGAGGAAGAAGAGGAGGAGGAAGAGGAGGAAGACCAAGAAGAAGAGGAAGAGGAGGCAGAGGAGGAGGAAGACGAGGAGGAAGAGGAGAAAACAGUGGAGCUCUUACACUCCCCAGUCACCUUGUUGCCAGACCUCAUGGAAUUUGAACGGCAUCUUAACUUUUACAAGCAGACGAUGGACCUUCUGAUCAGGAACGGGGUUGUCUCCUCGCAGGAGGUGACGCUUCCCAUCGUCUCUCCAGCCGUCUCCCACCUGUGGCAGAACCUCUCUGAGGAGAGGAAGGCCAGUCUCCUGCAGGCCUGGGCACAGAACCACAGAGGCCCCCCGGGCCUCGCAGGGGCCUGUCAGGAGCCAGCCUGUGCUGAGGGCAGCGUGAAGGACAGUGGAGUCGACAGCCAAGGGGCCAGCUGCUCGCUGGUCUCCACCCCGGAGGAGAUCCUUUUUGAAGAUGCUUUCGACGUGGCAAGUUUCCUGGACAAAAGUGAGGCUCCAAGUACAUCUAGCCCCAGUUCAGUGUGUGCCAACUGCGACCCAGAAAAUCCAGAGGAGAAGUUUCAGCUCUAUAUGCAGAUCAUCGAUUAUUUUAAAGGCCUUUGCUGUGUUAACCCUCAGGUCAAACAGGAACCAGAUCUUCCCAUUGACCGUGAGAUGAUAAUGUUGAGGUGCAUGGAGACCUUUGACGAUGAAGAUUUGUGA